CUUGGCAGCGGUGACGUCACUAGGUCGAGUGAAUUGAGGUGGAGGCAGCUACGUGAAAGGAAUUGUUUUGAGAAACCAUAGAAAGUACGUGAAUUAAUUUUGUUGCGCUUUUGCUUACGACUCGACUGGUUUGUGGAAACGGUUUAUUUUCGUUCUUGUUCGAGUGUGUGUGCUUCGUCAGUCCCCGUUGCCCGUUCUCGUUGGAGUGAACACAAAGGGGGACUCCAUGAAAGAUGACGGAGGAGGUGACAGUUGUAGCCAAGUGGGACUACACGGCCCAGCAGGACCAGGAACUUGACAUCCGGAAGAAUGAUCGGCUUACUCUGCUGGACGACAGCAAGACGUGGUGGAGGGUGAGGAACGCCUCAAACCAGACCGGCUAUGUCCCCUCCAACUAUGUAGAGCGCAAGAACAGCCUGGUGAAGAAGGCCUCUCUGGUCAAGAACCUCAAAGACACACUGGGACUGGGUAAAGGCAGAAGGAAGCAGAGUGCCAGUGACGCCUUCCCCACGCCCAGCACAGAUGCGGAGUACCCCUCCAAUGGGAGUGGCGGAGGAGGGGCCGAGCGGGUCUACGACCUCAACAUCCUGGCUGUGGUCAAGUUCUCGUACGUGGCGGAGCGCGAGGACGAGCUGACCCUAGCCAAGGGGUCCCGGGUCACGGUGAUGGAGAAGUGCAGUGACGGUUGGUGGCGGGGCAGCCAGGGGGGCCGUGUGGGCUGGUUCCCCUCUAACUAUGUCCUGGAGGACCCCGCAGAGGGUGAAGGGGGUAGAGGAGGAAGGGACUCCCCAGGUUAUCCAGGGAGGGGCAGGGAGGCCACGAUUACCAACGGGCGGGCGGGAGGUGGUGGCAGCCGGGGUGGCGAGGGCAGUGKUGCGCUCCAGCUGGUCCAGACUCUCUACCCGUUCAGCUCAGUGACGGAGGAGGAGCUGAACUUUGAGAAAGGAGAGGUGAUGGAGGUUGUUGAGAAACCUGAGAACGACCCAGAGUGGUGGCGCUGCCGGAACACCCGSGGUCUGGUGGGCCUGGUGCCCAAAAACUACGUGCUGGUGCUGAAUGACACCAACGGGCCUCCCRGGCUCCCCGCCCUUCCGCUGUCGCCCCCCGGCUCACCACAGAUCGGCCAUGUGGCCCCGGCGUGCGAGGGCAAGUUUGCAGGCAGGGACUGGUACUACGGAGGGGUGACCAGACACCAAGCAGAGCUGGUCCUCAACGAGAGAGGAGAGGAGGGGGACUUCCUCAUACGUGACAGCGAGUCAUCGCCCAGUGAUUUCUCUGUGUCUCUGAAGGCRCCUGGGAAGAACAAGCACUUCAAGGUGCAGUGUUCAGAGGAGGUCUACUGUAUUGGCCAGCGCAAGUUUAGCUCCAUAGAUGAACUGGUGGAACACUACAAGAAAGCCCCCAUCUUCACCAGCGAACAAGGAGACAAGCUCUACCUGGUCAAACCGCUGCCCGCACCCCAGCUAUCCUCAACAUGCUGAACUUGAGGAGAGACCUUACUGUCUGUUUUAGCCCAGUCACAUAGUUCGUAUUGGUCCUGUUUCCUUUGUUAGUUAAAAAUAAAAUCAAAAUGUAAACCCUC